CCCAUUUAUUCCCUUUGGUCUAAUCGUAGUUGAUUGCAAAAGGAUAAACACAAUCAUGCCUCUGGGUGAAACCUCUGUCCACGAGACACACUACGAGAUUCUCUCCGUCGAUGAAGAUGCGAGCUACGACCAAAUCCGCAACAGCUAUCGAUCCGCCAUCCUCCACUCACACCCAGAUAAGCUAAACACCUCUCCUUGUACCUCAGACGAAAAGUUUCUCAAGAUCCAAAAGGCGUGGCAAGUCCUAAGCGAUGCAGAGCUACGCGUGGUUUACGACAACGACCUUCGAUCUUCGAGACAGGACGGAACCACUGCUGAUGAGAUAAGUGUAGAGGAUAUGUCGGUGGAGAUCAGUGGAGAAGACAUGGAGAUUUUUUAUCAGUGUCGGUGUGGUGAUUACUUCUCUGUUGAUUCCUCUGAGCUUGAAACAAUGGGGUUUGCGUUGUUGAGAGACGGUAACUGUGUUCAAGUUAGGAGAUUGGGUGCUUCUGUGGCCUCUGUGGUUCUUCCUUGUGGGUCUUGUUCUCUGAAAACCAGAGUUUGGGUUGAUUCUGAUAUGAAGAUUCCUUUCCAAGAUGGUUCAGACUUGAGGAAUCAAUCUUAAAAGGGUGAACGAUGAUCUUUGAAUGUGUCGAUAGAUUCUUUUAGGAGAAGUAUCUCUUGUGACGAAUAUGAUUUUGGUUGGCUCUGAUUUAGACAUUCUUCUACAAGCUUGUUCCUUUUGUGACUUUCUACUCAUUUUUAUAUUAGUUGGUGAGCUUCUAGUUCUGUAAUCAGAGCAAGUUCCACUUGUUGCUUAUGUUGUAAUGUCAUGGCUUAUCUGGUAUAUAUAUAUAUAUGGUGAUUCUGGUUAAGGUGAGAUGUAGAGAACCUUUUAGAACGAUUGAUUUUGGCUUGGGAGACCACCC